UCAAUAACUAGACAAGUUUCACAUUGACUUUAUUGUGGAGGGAGCUUGCCACAUACGUCCAUGCAGACAGCCACCCGAUGUCACAGGUUUUUGAGGAAAACGCCGCAGUAUAGCAUCCCACAAUGAGCAACAUUUAUAUUCAGGAGCCACCAACUAAUGGAAAGGUUUUGAUUAAAACCUCAGCAGGAGAUAUUGAUGUAGAACUAUGGUCCAAAGAAGCUCCCAAAGCAUGUAGAAAUUUCGUUCAACUUUGUAUGGAAGGCUACUAUGAUGGCACAAUAUUUCACCGUGUUGUGCCAGGUUUCAUUAUUCAAGGGGGUGAUCCCACUGGCACUGGGACUGGUGGGGAGUCUAUCUAUGGUCAUCCUUUCAAGGAUGAAUUUCACUCCAGGUUGAGGUUUAACAGGAGAGGAUUGGUUGCAAUGGCAAAUGCAGGGCCACAUGAUAAUGGAAGCCAGUUUUUCUUCACUUUGGGUCGCGCAGAUGAACUUAAUAACAAACACACCAUAUUUGGCAAGGUCACGGGUGACACCGUAUACAACAUGCUAAGGUUAGCAGAGGUGGAAUGCGACAGUGAGGAAAGACCAUUAAAUCCUCAUAAAAUUCGAUCCACAGAGGUUUUACACUGUCCUUUUGACGACAUUGAACCACGUGAGAUCAAAGUCAAAAAAGAGAAAUCAAAAGAUGAAGGAAAAAAAGCUCAGUCCAAGGCAACAAAGAACUUUAGUUUGUUGUCCUUUGGGGAAGAAGCAGAAGAAGAGGAGGAGAUGGUGAAUCAAGUCAGCCAGACAAUGAAAGGAAAGAGCAAAAGUAGUCAUGACUUGCUAAAGGAUGACCCCAGGUUAAGCUCAGUCCCGGCUGUUGACAGGAAAUCAGGCAAAGGUGCACUGGAGGAUUUUCCAGAGGAUGAGGACGAGGAGAGGGAUAGAAAAGACUCUGAAGUCGAGGAGAUGAGGGAGCGCAUCUCUAAGAAACUUAAGAAAGAAAAGCCAGAGGUGGAGAAGAGUGAAUCUGGGGAGGAGAGAGAGAAGAAAACCAGUCGCAGUGAUGAACUUCGGAAAGAAGCUCGACAGCUGAAGAAAGAGCUGCAGGCAAUCAAACAACGAACAGAAACCAACCUCAAAACAGAGGAAGCAGAGCCUGAAAGUGAGAAGAAGCCGGCCAGUGAGGCAGUUGCAGAGUACCUGGAGGGGAGGAAGAAGUACGAGGAGCAGAGGAAGCAGAAACUGAAGAAGGGAUCUAGUCGAGAGGCACAGACCAUGGCUCUUCUUGACCGCUUCAAAUCCAAGCUGUCGUCAGCCAUUUCUGAGUCCCCAGCUGUCCACGAGGAGGACGAGGAACUGGGAGAGGAUGAUGAUAAGGGAUGGAUGACCCAUGUUCUUCAGUUUGAUGAGCAAACCAGAAAGGUGAAGGAUGCCAACAUGCAGGACGAAGACACGUUUGAGAUCUAUGAUCCGCGCAAUCCCGUCAACAAGCGCAGGCGAGAGGAGAGCAAGAAACUCAUGAAAGACAAGAAGGCCAGGAGGUGAGACCGGGGCUAACUCUCCUCUGUCUCCGCUGAGCCCUCUCAGAGCUCUCCCACUGCCUCCAUCCGUCUUUCUGUCUGCUUGGUAUGAGCAACACCCCUGGAACUCACCGGAUCAUAUGGACCUAUCUGGGGGUCGCUGGGGACUAGCAUUUAGCAUUUCACAAAAGUGUGCUAUCGACAUGCACAUCUGGACUGGGAAAUUUCAUUUGGAGGGCAUCCUUAGCAAACAGACCAGUGCAAAGCUUUAUUCUCCAAUUACAUGAAAGUUUUUGUCCCCCAUUACAGUGAUUGAAAUUGGGUUAUUUGGUAUUGAUUUUAAUAGGGUUCACAUGGGGAUUGAACCGAUAAGAUGCCAGUCUUUUGUUCUUGUUUGUGGUCUUCUGAAGAAAGCCAUUGAUGGGUAUCGAUUUGUCAUAGCAGACAGAUAUGCUCCAGGUUGGU